CACAAUCCAAACACACAUUUUUCAAUGAAUCACCAAACAUACGGAUCGUGUUUAGAAACUGGCGGAUUAAUACCACAAGGAUGUACCGCGACAACAACGGGUCGAUCCUGAUGGAGGAGGCGGUUGUGAACGACCAGCUGCUGUUUGAGUACUCCCCGGCCGAGAGCCUCAUCAACUUCGAGCUGCCGACCUUCGGCCCCGACCUCGGCGACUGGCAGCUCGAGGACCUCAGCUUCAACACGGACGCGCUCGUCGGGGAACCGAACGACCGCUACCUCGAGGACUCGACGGUCCUCUUCGACUUCGACGACCUCGACAAGAACCUCUUCAACGAGUACCUCUUCGACGAGUUGAGUGACAAAGUCCAGUCAGGCGAUUCGUCGGACAGCGACGCGCCGGGCCGGUUAUCUGCGCUGGGUCUGGAGUCCCCGGCCCGGGACGCCUGCGUGCCGGCUCCAGUGGACCCCAUUCUGUCCCCCGAAGCCCGCACCAGGUCGUGGGGCGAGCCGGAGUUCUGCAAGGAGCUGAGCGCAUACCGCUGCCCGGUGGACAACUGUCACAAGUUGUACGCGAAAGCUUCGCACGUGCGGGCGCAUUUGCGGAGGCACAGCGGGGAGAAACCUUACAAGUGCACUUGGGCCGGGUGCAGCUGGCGGUUCGCGCGGUCGGACGAGCUGGCCCGCCACCGCAGGAGCCACUCGGGCGACAAGCCGUACAGAUGUGGGGAGUGCGGGAAGAGGUUCGCCCGGUCCGACCACCUGGCCAAGCACGGCCGAGUGCACGCCAGGCGAGCGGCCGCCGCCGCCGCCGCCGCACCCAAGCGUACAACGCCGAGAGCUAGAAGACUGUUGUAAAGAGUGGUAGAGUAAGACAAACGGGCUAGAAGACUGAUGUAGAGUAUAAAGUGGUAAAGUAAAAAUCGCAGGCGAAGACCGUCGUAGAGUGUGGAGUAGUGGUAGAAUAACUAAUAAGAGUCAGGCUAGAAGACUGCUAAGAUAGUGUUAUGGACUGAGAGUGUUGUGGAGGAUCACUCAGCGGGUCGUGUUACAAUGGUAUUGUCAAAUGAAGACCCUCCAAGUUUUAUAAUAGAGAACUGUGUAUGAAAGGUCUUUAUAAUAGUGUUAGUGCAAAGUUGUCAGUGAAUCAUUUUAUCACUAACGCUUAGCCGUGUUCAAUGUUACCAUUAUAAUGUUACUUAGUCAUUUUGAGAUUUGCGUCAAUGAUUCAUUAUGCAAUAUUUUUUUUAGACGUAGCUAGGUUAUCUCCAAUACCAAAUAUUAAUAAUAUUAAUGCUCGUGAGUGCAUUUGCAUACUCAUAUCACUAUAGAUAAGGAUUUUAUAUUAUAGCUAAUAGUUAUUUAAGUACGUAAUAAAACGCGCGGGCGCGAUUUCAUAGAAACUCAUUAUAUUUAUGUCGUUGCUUAUUAUAAGCGAUAUUUUAUAAGUCGUUAUAACUAGUUAUAAAUAUAUGAUGAUUAUUCUAAAUUAGAAUACAAAACUUUAAGGACGAAGAUCGAAAAGGUUGCAAGCUGCAGAGUGCAUAACAACUAUCAUAAAGUUAAUAUACCUAGGUAUAUUAACUUU